GCGCUCACAAGGAUCACAAUGGCCGGCUUCGACAAGUCAAAGAGGUCGGUGGUUAAACACAAGACACACAAGCCAUUCACGCCCUCUCACGGUAGCGGCAAUGGUGGAGGUCGUGGUGGCGCAAGAGGUGGUGGCCCGGGAGGAAGAGGCGGAGGUAGAGGGGGUGGUAGGGGCGGCUUCAAGGUCGGGCCUUCGCACGCUCCUGAUGGUGCUUACUUGGGCAAAGCCAAGAAGAUCAAGGCCAACCUAAUCGCCAAUGCCAAGACAAAGAAGCGCUUCUUCAAGUCCAUUGCAGGGGAAGACGAAUUUGCAGACAGCAAAGGCAAAGGACGCGCCAAUGACAAAGUCAACGACGGUGAAGAAGACGACGAAGAAGAUAACGAGGGACAGCAAUCAUCAGCCCCGAGACGAUCACGCGCUGGCCCUUCUUCGCGCACCGCUCCCUCCCCCUUCUUCCAGAAGCCAGACCUGGGUCGAUUUGCCAGAGAAGAAGAGGAAACAGAAGAAGAGCGGGGACCGUCAAUUGAUUCUGCAAGGAGGCGAGAAGGAGAGGAUCCGAGGGCGAGGAGAAGGGAUCGGGCGGGUCCUGCGCCUACUCCUUCUGACGCUGAGGGCAGAAGGGGAGGUGAUCGCAGACGCGCGAGACCUGGAGAAACCUCCACUGCUCGUCAUCCUCUCAGCACUGGGCAGUCGAAUCCCUCCUCAGCGCCAACGUCUGCUCCAGCCUCCCCAGCUCCCCGACCCCAUCGCACCAGGGAAGAAGCGGUCGAGGCGCGCAAGAAGCGCCAGGAGAUGUGGAACUCGACUACAAAAGGCGGAUCGAGAGCGCAGAGUCGCAAAGGCGGGCAACCCGACUUGGGAAAGAGGAUGCAGGUCUUGCUGGGUAGGAUUGAGGAGCGGCAGUAGCAGGAUUCAGGGAAGGGAAUGGAGGGAUAGGCUUUGGGUCAGAUGCGGCUGAUGGGUGGGAUAGACGGACAGACAGACGGGCGUGUUGAUUGUGAUGAAUGAGGUUGACUAGAUUGUAUGUAUCAAUAGCUACAGCGAGUAUCAUCAAUGCUUCUCUCUUUUCUCUUUCCCCCUUUCUCCCAUGCCUUGGUUCUUUCUGAUGCCACUAAUGCCC